AUGCGCCGGGCGCUCAGAAAUAUUGGGCGACUGCUGCGGAUUGCCUGGACCCUGGGGCGCUGGGAUGCGCUCUUCCUCCUGAUCGACCACGGCCUCGUACCGCCGGUGACCUUUCUCGCCGGCAUGGCUCCCAAGAAGCGAGGGUUGGGGACGCCUGGGCAGCGGCUCGCCGGCGCGCUCCAGGUGCUGGGGCCGAGCUUCAUCAAGUUCGGCCAGGCGCUCUCCACCCGGCCGGACCUGGUGGGCGAGGAGACCGCUGUCGCGCUAUCGGCACUGCAGGACCGCCUGCCGCCCUUCGACGCGAAGGCCGCGCGGGCCAUCGUGGAGUCCGAGUUCGGCGUGCCGCUCGACUCGCUCUUCCGGGCGUUCACCGACGAGCCGGUCGCCGCGGCCUCCAUCGCGCAGGUGCACUUCGCGGUCACCGCGACCGGCGAGCCGGUGGCGGUCAAGAUCCUGAGGCCUGGCGUCGAGCGCGCCUUCGAGCGCGAUCUGGAGCUUUUCUACUGGCUUGCGGAGCUUGCCGAGCGCGCCCUGCCUUCCUGGCGCAGGCUCCGCCCGGUCGAGGUCAUCCGCACCUUUGCCCAAAGCGUGAUGAUCGAGAUGGACCUUCGCUUCGAGGCCGCCGCCGCCUCCGAGCUGCGCCAGAACUUCGCCGAGGACACAGGCUUCCUGGUGCCGGCGGUCGACUGGCGGCGGACCAGCCGCCGCGUGCUCACGCUGGAGCGCGUCGAGGGCAUCCCGAUCGACGAGCGGGACGCUCUGAUUGCGGCCGGCCACGACCCGCACGAGGUGCUCGGCAAGGCGGCAGGCGCCUUCUUCAACCAAGCGUUCCGGGACGGCUUCUUCCACGCCGACCUGCAUCCCGGCAACCUGCUGACCCGGCGCUAUCUGGCGGAGAUGCUGCUCGGCUUCCUGAUCGGCGACUACGAGCGCGUGGCCGAGGUGCAUUUCGAGGCCGGCUAUGUGCCGCGCCGGACUUCGAAGGCGGCGUUCGUCCAGGCGCUGCGGUCCAUCGGCGAGCCGAUCCUCGGCCGGCCGCUCAACGAAAUCUCCAUCGCCCAGCUGCUCGGCCAGCUGUUCCAGAUCACCGAGGCCUUCGAGAUGGAGACCCAGCCGCAGCUGCUGCUUCUCCAGAAGACGAUGCUGAUGGCCGAGGGGCUGACCCGCCGGCUCACACCCGGACCAGAACAUGCGCGCAUGCGUGAGGCGGCAGCGGAGCUGCUGGAGGCGGCCGGUCGGCUGCCGCGCCUCGCAGCACGCGCCGAGCGCGUGCUGGACGGGCUGGAGGCCGGUGUCUCGCUCUCGCCCGACACCUUGGAGGCGAUGAGCGGGCGCCGGCGUCGCGGAAGCGCGCUGCCCCUCCUCCUCACGUUGGUCGCAGGCCUGCUCGCGGCUCUCUUGGCCGUUCAGUUCCUCUGA